AGGAGAUACAUGAGGAGCUCUGGGUUCUGAUUGCAUGCACGGCUUAGCUCGUGUGUGUGUGUGUGUGUGCUGUGGAUGACAUAAAGCCGAGAGGGAGCACUGUGUGUGUGUGUGUGUGAGUACAGUAGUGUGCUGUAGUCGGCUCGAGUCUCCGGUUAUUGCGCAGCUCCGCACCAUCAUGGCGAGCGUCUCGGCGUGCGCGCGACCUCCUCAGGUCCAAGACGAAACCCCCUUGUGUAAUGAAGCGGCUAGCUUUAAGGCAGCAGACACCGUGGUCCAGCUGUGUGAGAGCCGUAAACCUAAACCCGAGUCAGAGAACUUGGCCUUCGGCACCGUGUUCACGGACCACAUGCUGCUCAUCGAGUGGAGCUGUAAAGGGGGCUGGGAAAAACCUCGGAUUCAGCCAUUUGGAAACCUGAGCCUUCAUCCUGCCUGCUCGGCCUUGCAUUAUGCAGUGCAGCUGUUUGAGGGCAUGAAGGCGUACCGGGGGCAGGAUGACCGAGUUCGUCUCUUCAGGCCCUCGCUGAACAUGGCGCGCAUGUUAAAGUCUGCACAUAGAGCCUGUCUACCUAGUUUCGAUGGUGCAGAGUUGCUGGAGUGCAUCAGGAAACUGGUGGAGGUAGAUCAGGACUGGGUUCCUCACUCGGACUCGGCCAGUCUCUACAUCCGCCCGACAUUCCUGGGCACAGAGUCUUCAUUAGGUGUGAAGAAGGCCUCGCGUGCCUUACUGUUUGUGAUCCUCAGUCCUGUUGGCUCCUACUUCAGCACAGGAAACAAGUCUGUGUCUCUGUGGGCCGACUCCAAAUAUAUCAGGGCCUGGAAAGGAGGGACGGGAGACUGCAAAAUGGGAGGGAACUACGGAGCUUCCAUCUUCGCUCAGUACGAGGCGGUGGACGUCGGCUGUCAGCAGGUCCUGUGGCUGUACGGAGACGAGCACCAGAUCACCGAGGUCGGCACAAUGAACCUCUUUCUCUACUGGAUCAACGAGGAGGGAGAGGAAGAACUCGCGACUCCUCCUUUAGAUGGGAUCAUUUUGCCCGGCAUCACACGCCAAAGCAUCCUGGAGCUCACACGCAAAUGGGGUGAGUUUAAAGUGUCUGAGCGUUACCUGACCAUGGCAGCGUUGUGUCUGGCGCUGAAGGACGGCCGUGUGAGGGAGAUGUUCGGCUCGGGGACGGCGUGUGUGGUCAGUCGUGUGGGCAGAGUGCUGUAUCAGGGGGAGAACCUGGAGAUCCCGUGUGCUGAGGAGAGCGAGAGUCUCGUGUCCCGACUGCUGAAGGAGCUCACAGACAUGCAGUAUGGACGGACUGAGAGUGACUGGACCUUCCUCGUGUAGAUGAGCAUUGUCUCAGGAGAACAACGUGCACACAAGCACACACACACACUAUGUGUGUGAACGCAGAAACAUUUGAAGGCACACACAAGUUCUUAAGAGAAUCUUAGUAGUUUUUUAGGAUUACAGUAACUGUACGUUUUGUGUAAUGUCCUGAUUCCUGUCUCUACUGUGAUGUCAUGUAUUUACAGUAACAUGGACCGACAUGCACACAUGAUGAAAUACCAUCAGUCAGAUUUAUUAACAGGCAUUAAACACACACACACACACACACACACACACACACACACACCAGCUUGUCCAGCUUGUUUAUAAUUAUAUUUAGCUCCAUAGAGUGGACAUAAUGAUACAGUAUAGUGCGACAGAUUUCCGAUUUGAGCCUAACAGCCAAGUUACAGCGAAUGUGUCACGUGAAGCGUCACGUCUAGACCAGACUAGGGUCUAUUUCAAAAAAGGCAUUUUCAGUUCACGUCAGCUGUGUUAGAGGUGCAUUAGAGGUGUAUAAAUGUGCGUUGACUCCAGUAGUGUACCCUGUGCCUUGUUUUAAGCCGUACAUCGUUUCUUUGCCAGCUCACGUGAGUUAAUUCACGUGAACUCCAUAGG